AUGCCAGCCCCUUCGAACGGCACUCAUGCUACCAAUGGCACCACUAACGGUGAGAGUUCAGCCACACCUCGGUACGAUACCAAGUUCACGGACGCUGUCAUCGCCGCUACGGGCCCCAAUGCAAACCCGCGACUGGCCCAGAUCAUGCCAAGCCUCCUCCGACACCUGCACGAUUUCGCCCGGGAGGUGGACCUUACCGUCGCCGAGUGGACCACCGGUGUAGACAUGAUCAACCAAGCCGGCCAAAUGUCCGACGACAAACGCAACGAAACCCAGCUCCUCUGCGACAUCCUCGGCCUCGAAUCCCUCGUCGACGAAAUCUCGUCCAAACUCUUGCAAACGCCCGGCAGCAAAACUACCCCCAGUGCCGUCCUCGGCCCCUUCCACCGCGCCUCCGCGCCCGUCCUCUCCAACGGCAGCAGCAUCAUCCACGCUUCUCCGACCUCCCCCUGGUACAAAUCCGCCUCGGACCUCCUAACCCACAUCUCAGGCCGCGUCAUCAGUUCCACCAGCGGCACGCCCAUUUCCAACGCCUCCAUUGACGUCUGGGAAGCGGGGCCCAACGGCAUGUACGAGCAGCAGGACGAGGAUCAACCCGACAUGAACCUGCGCGGCCGCUUCGAGACCGAUUCUGAAGGACGUUAUGCCAUGGUAUGCUUGCGCCCGACUGCGUACCCGAUCCCGUACGAUGGACCGGCGGGGAAGCUGCUGCAGAUGUUGGAUCGUCACCCCUACCGGCCGGCGCACAUCCAUUUCAUCGUUUCGGCUAAGGGCCACCGCACGCUGACAACGCAGGUUUUUGAUAGAAUGGAUGAUUAUGUGAAGAAUGAUGCCGUGUUUGCCGUCAAGCAGGAAUUGCUGGUGGACUUUGUGUCGCGCAAGGGAGACGGAGAGGUCAAGUGGGAGUUGGAGUAUGAUUUCAUCCUGGCGGAGGAGAACGGUCACUAG